GGUCCAUGAAUCAGCAGCAGGUAGAGAUGGCAUUGAUGGCAAGUCUUCAUUGCUGGCUUCUUUCUCCUACCUGCCAAAUAGUAUGUCAAACUUUGAGCAAUUUGAUAUAGAUUUUUACCAGUCAGAUUACAUCGCUGAAAACCAAGAGCAAAAUUAUAGCAGGCCUGAACCCCCUGGAAAUGAGUAUGGAAGCAAACAAGGUUGGGCUGUUGCCUCGCCACCGCCAGAUGCAUUUGCUUCUCCAGAAAGCGCUUCGUCUUCUCAGCAGUACACAGGCCAGAUUUUUCAACCGGCGUUUACCUCAGAGUUCUCGCCUAAUGCCGCUUAUCCUGACAGCUUUGAUGAAGAACCGCCUUUGCUAGAAGAGCUGGGGAUCAACUUCGAUCACAUCUGGCAAAAAACAUUAACCGUCCUCAACCCAAUGAAGCCAGCAGAUGGCAGCAUCAUGAACGAGACGGACCUGACAGGGCCUAUGGUUUUCUGCCUGGCUCUUGGAGCGAUGCUGCUGCUGGCGGGAAAAGUCCACUUUGGCUACGUCUAUGGCAUGAGUGCCAUUGGUUGCACAGCAAUCCAUGCUUUGCUUAACCUGAUGAGCAUCACAAGUGUUUCCUACGGCUGUGUGGCAAGCGUCCUGGGCUACUGCCUGCUGCCCAUGGUGAUCCUAUCAACCUACGCAGUCUUUUUCUCCCUACAGGGGUUUCUCGGAACUGUGCUAGCUCUCCUCAUUAUUGGAUGGUGCAGCCUCUCAGCCUCCAAAAUAUUCACUUCCGCGUUGUCGAUGGAAGGCCAGCAGUUUCUGGUUGCCUACCCCUGUGCUUUGCUCUACGGUCUCUUUGCACUCAUGGCUAUCUUCUGAGCUUUGGUUUCCAGGCAGACUUUGCUAUCUUGUCCAUAUGUUGGACUGCAGAAUCAAAACCCGCCUACAGAUAGAUCUGAUCCAAUGCAGAAAGUCAUAAUAAAAACGUAACUUUAAAAUGGAACAACUUAUAUCAAAUAAAGUAAUUUUCAAUAAAAAACAACUAAUAGAAUAUAAUAGUUACAGGUAGGUAGCCGUGUUGGUCUGAGUCAAAGCAAAAUAAAAAAAAAAUCAUUCAGUAGCACCUUAAAGACCAACUAAGUUUUUAUUUUGGUAUGAGCUUUCGUGUGCAUGCACACUUCGUCAGAUACACUGAAACAGA